CAGCAGGGGGCGCCAGACAGACGACACGGAGGAGCAGCGAGCACAGGAGGAGACAAAAACAGACAAUCUCCAUCAUUAUUGUGUGUCCCCGAUGAUGCAAGAAUCCAGGAGAGUUGAGUGAAGGGUGUGUCCACCAUGCAAACAAGAAAAGCAUGAUGGGGAACUCUCAUCCCGAAGGCUAGCGGAGUCUUAUGAAGACACCUCGUGAAUUAGACGGCGAGAAAAAGAUCGGUAAAGCUCCUUAAGACAUGGGCUGUGGCGGGAGCAGGACCGACGCUCUGGAGCCUCGAUACCUGGAGAGCUGGACCAAAGAGACGGAGUCCACGUGGCUGACCAGCACUGACACCGACAUCCCGCUGUCGUCCAUCCAGAGCAUCCCGUCGGAGAACUCUGAGGCCUGCUUCGCCUCUGAGAAGACCAUCAGCCCAGUUCCAGAGUUUUUCGAAGAUGGCCUGCCGCCUCCCGCACAGGCGUACCUUAAAGUCUGCUCGGCCGCGUCGGAGGCCAGCCUCAGCGACGUGAAGCCCGGAAGCCCUUCCAAGAUGCUGGCCUCUCCGGCCCAGGAGGCGGUGCUGGCAUCCCCCGGGACCACGGUGCAACGCAGAGGUGUCAUGCACACUGAAGAGAUUACCAAAUGGCAGGACAACCGGAUGUCCACCAAGCAGGUGACCAUCAUGGUGACGCAGAGCAUCCACCAGGUGGACAAGAACGGCAAAGUCAAGAAGUCGCUCACCACCUACGAGGUCAUGAAACCCGCCAGCGAAACGGUCAAACAGGUGGCCACACUCAACACUUGAGGGAGCUGGGGCGUAGCCAAAGAAGAAGAUAAAAACUAUCAGGUCCUGGGAACUUAACACACAAAAAUGACUUUGUGACCUAGUGUCAGAUUUAUGAACAGAUUCAUUGAUGUGUAUUUUCAUAGUGGACUGUUGCUGUGUUACUGUAUUUUGCUCACAGAAAAAGGGUGUUUGUAUUGUAUACACGACGAAUGUAUACGGCAAUGGACACUUUAAGAGCUGACCGAAUGGGAAGUCAAGCGCUCUUGCACGCCUCCUAGUGGACAACUGCUGCAUUGUUCAUUAAAUCAAUCACGUUGACGCUAACAAAUAAUCCGAAGGGAUUGCAACAUUGCUUUUUCUGGGAUUAUUGAACUCUUGCCUUAGUAUUCGCUAACUGAUGCAGUCUGUUGAUUAGCAUGCACAUUCUAAUUCGGGGAGAUGUGAUGAAAAUAUUUGAAGACAAAUACUGUUUUUGCCCUUUAACAAUUUAUUGUUAUCAUUAAAUUUAAUCACUGAAAUAUGUAGCCCCUAAAACCCUUUUAUUACCUGAUAUUUUGGUUUACAUGUUAAAUCAUCAUUAUAUUACAAAACAUAUAUUUUUGUUCAAAUGGAAUGUUUUUAAAUUGUAUGAAUAUAAUAGAAAUAUAAUAUAAUGUAUAUAUAUAUAUAUAAUUUUCUAUCAAAAUAAUUUCCGAUAUUUAGUAUUUAUUUUAACUUAAAUUAUGACUACUAUAAUAGGGCUACCAAAGCUAAACCAUAAUGACUCUACAGCUCAGGGGUCUUUAACUUGGCCAUUUGCAAACUACAGGGCCAUAUUUAGUGGCCCUCUGCUUAAUUCAUAGUUUAGUGCAUGGAUAUUCAAUAAAAUUUACAGAAAGGUAAGCACCAGGGGGGUCCAUACUUCUCAAUUCACUAUUUGGUCUUGUUUUGUAUAUUCCGGAAAUGUAACAUUCUUUACAGUAUACAAUUUUGUUCUAUUUAUUUUGUCAGUUACAGGAGCUCUCUGCUGUUUUUGAUGACGUUCUACAAAAAUAUAGUCAAAGGUCAUCUCUAUGAUAGCACUCGAGUGUUUUUAACAAUCUGCUGUGAAAAACGUGAGUCUCUCACAAGUUUAUGAACUAAACUCACAGGCCACUCAUUGAAUGGAUGAGAGGACCAAAGAUGGAACCUUGAGGAACACCACUAGUAUAACUAAAUUUUUUGAACAAAUGACUGACUGCAUCUGAAAUCGUAAAUAAAAACAGAAAACAAUUAUUAUUAAAAAAUAAUUUUCAAACUAUAUUCAAUUGAAUACGCUGCAAAGACAAGAUACUUAACGUUCAAACUGGAAAACUACUUUUUGCAAAUAUUGGCUCAUAUGGAAUUUGAUGCUUGCAACAUGUUUCAAAAAAGAUGGCACAAGUGGCAAAAAAGACUGAGAAAGUUGAGGAAUGCCCAUCAAACUUAUUUGGAACAUCUCACAGGUUAACAGGCCUAUUGGGAACAGGUGGGAACCUAUUUAUCAACAACACCUAGAAACGCCGCCGGCUUCGCUGGGCCCGAGCUCAUCUAAGAUAGACUGAUGCAAAGUGGAAAUGUGUUCUGUGGUCUGACGAGCCCACAAUUCAAAUUUUUGGGGGGGAUGUAUGGUGUCAUUCCUAGGCCUGGUUUGGCCCCCAGGCCACCAGUUGAAUAGGUCUGUUUCAGGGUAACUGCACGCCCUGGGAAGCUGAUAAUUAAACAUAUUAUGGUAAUAUCGAAUCCCACUAUAAACACUAACUACAAAAACGGUGCAAACACGAAAAGGACUGCACAACAAACACACAAAGAGCAACUUCCUGUCAGCAGGCAGAAGUGUCUCUGCCCAUCUCCCGGGAAACUCAACAGUGUCAAAAUGUAUGCAUUCAAAUAAUGACUUAAGGCCUAAUGAGUCUACCACGAAACAUGUUUCUUAACCGUGUACAUGGUUCGGCCCAGCCUCACCCAGGCUGUACCUCCAGUGUCCCCCUCAGUAAACUAAGUUUGAGACCCCUGGUACAGUGUGUUUUGAGAAACACAGUGCAUUCGGAAAGUAUUCCCAGCCCUUCACUUUUCCCACAUUUUGUUAUGUUACAGCCUUAUUCCAAAAUGGAAAAAAAAUAUGUUUGUCAUAAAAUUUUUGCGGACAAAACAUUUUUUGCAGGGUUUUAAAAAAAAUCAACAACAAAAUUACAGACAUAUAGUAAGUAUUCGCAUUGGCUUAAUAUUUUGUUGAUGCAGCUUUGGCAGCAAAUGCACACAAGUAUUUUUGAAUGCAAUACCAAAAGCUUGGCACACCUUUAUUUGGCAAGUUUCUCCCUUUCUUCUUUGCAGCACCUCUCAAGCUCCAUUAGGUUGGAUGAUAAGCGCUGCUUUUCAUCCAGAAUGUCUCUGUACAUUGCUGCAUUUAUCCCUGAGUUCCUGUCGUUGAAUAACAACCCCACAGCAUGAUGCCGCCACCACUAUGCUUCACUGUAGAGAGGGUAUAGGCCUGGUGAUGAGUGGUUUCCUACAAACAUAACACCUGGCGUUCACGCCAGAGAGUUCAAUCUGUUUCAUCAAACCCAAGAUUUUAGUUUCUGAUGGUCUGAGAGUUGUUAAGGUGCAUUAUGGCAAACUCUUUACUAAGAAAUACCUUCCAUCUGGUCAAUAUACCAUACUGAUUGGUGGAUUGCUGCAAAGAUGGUUGUCCUUCUGGAAGGUUCUCCUUUCCACAGAGAAAUGCUAUAGCUCUGACAGAGUAACCAUCGGGUUCUUGGUCACCUCCCUGACUAGACUAGAUGAAUGCAGAAAUGUACAGAGACAUUCUGGAUGAAAACCAACACUUCCCAUCCAACCUGACAGAGCUUGACAGGUGCUGCAAAGAAGAAUGGGCAAUGAAGAAUGGGCGAAACUAAUCAAAGAUACAGUAGGUGUGCCAAGCUUGUGGCAUCGAAUUAAAAAAAAGACUUGAGUGUUAUGUACGCGAGGGGUGGAAGGAGACGACACCACAAAGAAACUCAGGUUACUGAGUUUAUUGUAACCUUUGAUCAGUGUGUGGGAGGUCUAUGCAACUCUGUGUUUGUUGUAGGACUAUGUGUGAUCUUAACCGUGCAAAUAAUACCAGACGAUGUUGUAAGUGCGUGAUGGAUGAAUCCUUCGACAGUCCAAGAGGGCAAGCCAAAAAGGAAGUCUGUAAACAGGUGGAACGUCGCGGGCAGGAGAGAAGCGACAAGGUCCGUGUACAGGCGAGGGUCGAAGAUCGAGGGAGGCAGUCCAAAGUCCGUGGGGGGGCGAGGCACAGAGCUCGAGCACACGGGUCAAGGCAGGUAUUGCGGUAGAAACAAGGAAUAUGAGACGAGGCGGACAAGCAGGACAAGAAGAACGUGUGCGAGGACAACAGGAGGGAAGCCAGAGACGUGAAUGCUUACUAGGAGGAGUUAACGACGUUCCAAGGGUCGACUGGUCUUCAUGCUGUCCUCCUGAAUAUUGCUAGGUGCGCUGAUCGCAGACAAUCUGCAGCUGCUGCCUUGUGUUAACGUGAAGCGUUCGGCGUGUGUCCUGGCAUACUGCCAGUCAGAGUGUUGGUGGAUCUAGCUGCAGGAGAAUUGUGGGUCGAAACCACGCCGUGACAUUGAGGCUGUUACUGCUGCCAAAAAAUCAACAAAAUAUUGAACACAGGCUAUGAAUGUGCAUGUGUUUGUUUGUUUUUUAAAUUAUAAUACAUUUGCAAAACUAAAAAAAACAAAAUUCAUUUUACAUAUUUAUGCGGGAUUGUGUGUAGAAUUUUGAGGACAAAAAAAUCAUAAUCCAUUUUGGAAUAAGGCUGCAACAACACAAUGUGGAAAAAGUGAAGCACUGUUAAUACUUUCCGGACAUACUGUAAUUUGCUUCCUUUUUUAACAUAUUCCAAAAACAAUUAAGCUGAAAUAUCGCCAUUGUUGUCCACUGUGAGGAAGGCUAGAUAUAACACAAAAACUGUAUGAAAAACAAAUACUGUAACUAGUGUCAAAUCUAUAACAACACAAAGUGAAUGGAUGGAUUUUAAUGACUUGGCACAAUUAAAACACUUUUUUAAAGGGUGAAAGUAUAUAACUGUGUAUUCAAUUCAUAAAUAAAUACUUUUUUAGUAUUGAUAAAAGGGCCAAUAGGUAAUUUCUGCUGUGUCUCAGGAUGCUUGAUGGAAGAUUGCACUACUAACAGUGAAGUCUGGCCAGUUUGUUUGCUAUCUUAUGUGUUGUUUGUACUUCUGUGUCUUACGAUCUGUAAGGAUUUGUGUUUUCUAAUUCAAAUAAAAAUGGUCUUUGUCCCAGUAACUAGCAUCCAAGUUCUUUGUUUUAGUAACCAACAUCCAAGUUAAAUAGUCACGAGUGAAUCUGGGGUCAACUCAGUGCUGAGAGUGCAUGCACAUGUUUUUGAUGGUCAUAAUAUAUCUGUCCUGAUCUGAAGGCUGGUUCUUCCAUCUCCAUCCACUCCUCCACACCAAAGUCAGGAAAGAAGAAAGCU